AUGUCUGAGCAGAACAGCACCCAGGAUGGCGAGAGGAAGGCCACGCACAGCCUCUCGAUGCCCUACCUGAUGGUGCUGGUCUUCUUCGCCAUGGGCCUGUUGGGAUUCCUCAUCUGCCACAUCCUCAAGAAGAAGGGCUACCGCUGCCGGACGUUCCACGAUGAGCUCGACUUGGAACACAAGGAGUCGCUGACCCCGCUGGAUGGCAAGGCAACCAGGUGGGCCCCGGACAAGAUGUGCUUGCCAACCGACCAGUGGGCAGAGUGUCUGGUGGCCCAGCGCAGCCCUCGUCCUUCGCCUCACCCCACGGCGCUCCGCUCUGCUCCCAGCGGCCGCCUUGCCAUCUCCGGCCCCAGCCAGUCCCUCCCACGCCGGGCAGACCUCUGUCCCCAUCGCAACAGCCAAGACGGGGGCCCACCCCAUCACCACACGGUGCACCUGGGCUCGACACAAGCCCCCUGCAUGCACUGCAGUAAGAAGAAGAGACACCCGCUGCAUCGGCAGAGCCGUUCUAAGGAGGGCAAAAGCAAGAUGCACCCUGGAGAGACCACUGUCUUCUCUGUCGGCAGAUUCCAUGUCACCCACAUUGGGAAGAAGCCUGCUUCCCAUGACUCAAAGGAAGAUUCCCUUCCUGAUAGCAAGCAAGAUCUUGGCUCUCGUGACUUAGACCGUGAGACUUGGAAGGGGUCUCUGAACGGAAUAGUUCCCAUGGAUCAACUUCAGCAUGGAAGCUCCCAGGAGGCAGCAGGUGCUCAGAGUGACAGAGAACCAGAGGAAGCCUGUAAAGAUGAGUCCACUCAAGGAAAGAAUCUCUUGAACGCAGCAGCCAAUUUAGAUGUUCCCAAGAACGGACUGGAGAGGAAAAACCACCCUAAGACAGGUUCACUGCAAGAGAUAGACCUUCUAGGGUGUUCAAAGGGCAGCUAA